AUUGUACGAAUUGUCAUUGAAAAUUAAUUUUCUGAUAGUUUUUGAUACGUGGUCGUUUAAACCAGAGAAUUUGCAUAAAUUGAGAUACGGUAUCGGUCUCUUUGAUGAAUGCAACUAUUUUCGAUAUGGACAUAUUGAAGGGAAAUACUGCAAUGCUAUUAUACCAGCAGGAAGGAAACAUAAAAUUGAAAAUCAUUUUACUUUUGAUAACAUCAACCUACGUGAAAUUUUUCACAAUUUUUUGAAUAAUGGUGCUAAUGAAAUUGAAUAUCAAAUGGGAAUUUGUGUUCCAAAAUCGUGUUCAACUAAAGAUUUGUAUAAGCUUGCGCAACAUUAUGAAAUCGACAAAAUUUCAACCAUAAAAACGUUUCAAUGCUAUGAACCACCAAAGAUGAACUCGUUCGAUAAAUUUGCAAUGUCGAACUUUCGGAAUCUUAUGAAGAAAAAUGAAUCAUCGACAGCUAUUAAUUGUAUUGAUGGAUUAAAAUCUAUAUCUGCAUUAUGGAUCAUGAUUGGACAUCGUAAACAAUUCUUUGGUUUUCCAUUCCAACAUAAGAAUUUGGAUCAUUUAUCAUGGUGGGAUUAUUAUUUGGUUAGAUUUGUUAGUGAAUAUGCCACGAGUGUAAUAACAUUCUUCGUUUGCUCUGCAAUUCUAAUAACACUUUCUCUAUUGAAAUCUUUAGACACUAAUAUACCUCAAUUCAUUGUAUCUGGUCCUAUGUUUGGCAGCUUAAUUUAUAAGACGUCAAUAUGCCGUGAAUGGUGGUGGGCUCUUCUUGCUUUUGUUCAAAAUUAUACAAACAACACUUCUGUCUGCUUUAAUCAUUCGUGGUACCUCUCAACUGAUUUCCAACUGUUUUCUGUUACACCUUUAAUUGUCUAUUGUAUUUGGAAACUCAGAAAAGAAUCUUUGAUUUUUGGGGCAAUUAUUUUCAUUUCAUUUCAGUGGUUUACAUUUUAUGGGAUGUUCAUAAAAGGUGAGAAAAAGGUUAACAUCUACGAGCACAUGGAAUAUCGACUUGGACAGUACUUCAUAGGAAUCUUAACAGGAUAUAUAAUCUAUGAUUAUAAGAAAUUAAAUCUAAGAUUAUCGAAUUCAAAAAUUGCAUUGGGUUGGGCCUUCUCCAUUUGCAUUAUAAGUGAUAGAAUUUUCAAUUUUUUAAGCCCUUCUAUUUCCACAUUACAUCAUAUUUAUGAUGCUGUUAGAGACGACAUGUGGGCAUGUUCAAUCUGUUGGAUCGUUUUCGCUUGCCAUUGUCUCAAAUCUGGAGGAUUUUUUCGUGCUUUUUUAUCUCAACAUUCAUGGCAACCAAUAUCUAGAAUGUGCUUGAGUAUUUAUUUGGUUCAUUAUCAAUACAUGACACUGACUUAUGUAAACCAAAAGCAAGUUUCGUGGUUUGGAAUGUGGUGGCAACUUCAAGUUUACAUCGGAGAUAUCGUAACUUGCAUGAUUCUUAGUGCAAUUUUUCAUCUUUUUGUUGAAGCACCAGGAAUUCAAUUGACAACUCUUUUAUGGAGUAAAAGAAGUAAUGAAAUUAAUAAUCAAAAUGUGAAUACAUCAAAAGUGAAGUUUUCAGUUUUCUAA